CAACUUCUAGUGCAAGACGGGGCGCCGUGAUUUCUCUGCUAAUCUGGGGGAAAGGGGGCCGCCGGUUGGUUGUGCACAUGUGCGCUGGAGCUGUGGCGCUUUGUGAGUAAAGGCGAAUGCUGUGGCUGCUCGGGACGAGUUUAACGGCGGAAAGGAGCUAAAGUUUUUGUAUGAGCUGAGCUGAGCGCGGCUGGCGGAUCCGGACACACAACAGGCCCCGGGUGAAGCCUCGGUUGUUGGGUGGAAGCCAUGGCCGGACACUUCGACGCGGAGGACCGGGGCAGCUGGUACUGGGGAAGACUUAGCCGACAGGAGGCCGUGUCCCUGCUGCAGGGACAGAGACAUGGCGUGUUUUUAGUGCGGGACUCUAUUACCAGCCCUGGAGACUAUGUGCUGUCCGUGUCAGAGAACUCAAAAGUCUCUCAUUAUAUCAUAAACAGCAUCAGCAACAGCCGGCAGUCCGCUCCGGGUUUGGCUACUUCUCGCUUUCGUAUUGGAGACCAGGAAUUUGAUGCACUACCUGCCCUGCUGGAGUUUUAUAAGAUACACUACCUGGACACCACCACUCUGAUCGAGCCCAUCAACAAAGCCAAAUACGCUGGGAUUGGUGUUGCUAGCAUGGGGCCAGGAGGAGUUCCCCAGAGGCUUGAGGAGGAAUAUGUCCGUGCGCUGUUCGACUUCCCUGGCAAUGACGACGAGGACCUGCCCUUUCGAAAGGGCGAUGUCCUGCGGGUUUUGGAGAAGCCUGAAGAGCAGUGGUGGAACGCACAGAAUUCAGAGGGCCGUGUGGGUAUGAUUCCUGUGCCGUACGUGGAGAAAUUCCGGCCAGCUUCUCCCACAUCAGGGACCCUGUGUGGUGGAGGACCAGGCUCUGUAGGUAAUUCCGAUGGCCACAAUUCCCAAGCCCCUCCUCUGCUCGGUGAACCAGGCCCCUAUGCCCAGCCAACAUCUUUACCCAACCUGCAAAAUGGGCCUGUGUAUGCCAGAGCGGUUCAGAAAAGAGUUCCCAAUGCUUAUGAUAAGACAGCUCUUGCUUUAGAGGUUGGCGACUUGGUAAUGGUGACAAAGAUCAACGUAAACGGGCAAUGGGAGGGAGAGUGCAAGGGAAAGAGAGGCCAUUUUCCAUUCACGCAUGUGCGCUUACUGGACCAGCACAACCCCGAUGAUGACCCGAGCUGAGAUUUGAGAAUAGUAUUCCUCUACAGCCCUUAAAUGCACACGCCCUCUCCUCUCACACCUCAUAACUGAUGUGCCCAGCAGUAGCCUCUUCUACUAGAUACUUCCUGUAUGUCCGUUCAUUCUGUGCCAUCAUGUCAUUCAUGCCAAUAUAUACAGCCAUUUCCUGAUUAGAUCUUAUGCAACGAUUGAAGGUAAUCGUUCAGUAGACACUAAACACCAUGGACAUUUCUAUAGUUUACCAUAGAUGGAAUGUUGGUGUGAUUUAUUGUGCAUUUAAAAAAAGGGGUGUCUGGACAAGUCUGCUUGGACUCAAAAUUUAAGCAGUUUGGUGUUGCUAUAAGGGACUGUUGCUCUGUGUUUGAGUAGCCUACACUACUCUUACUGAUUUGCUAAAAUCCGGCUGCAUUGAAGGGGAUUCGUUUGGAGCCUUCUAUCACACUACAAAUAAUCUACCAUGUGAUUAUGUACAAGAUGCCUGAGAGAAAAUGCUGAUCAUACACAUAUUGUUUACUAUUACAUGCUUAAUUUGUAUUCCUUUAAGCAUUUUUGUGCACACACAAGUAUUUUUGUGUUGUCUUGUUAGUUAAACAGUCCCUUUUGUUUCUUAUUGAUCACUACAGGAGAGUGUUUUUGGACCAUGGACAAUUUAUUUAGCAGUUCCAAAGUAGUUUUGGUUGGUGGGGGGAAGUACAAUGUCACUUGAUUCAACUUGUGUGUCUCUUAAAAGUAGUUAUAAGUAGUACUAAACGGUAUUAACACUACCCCACUAAACUAUCAAAUGAAGAUGCAACCAAUUUUACCACUUUGUUAUACACAGUGAGAUUUACUGAGUCACUGUGUGUAAAAUGUACAUGCCUCAAACAUGUCUCUCUAGAAGUGUAUAGACACUACAGUAGUCUUCAUCUAUGAUUGUUUUAUGUAUCUGUAAGCCAGCCGUGUACAAGUAACCAUACAGCAAUAUUUGCAAUCACACAUCACUGCUUCAUAGUGGCAAUGUUUAUCACUUAUUAUAUAUAACAAUAAUCGUUCCUUUAACCAGCUGUUUGCCUUUACUGCAAAAGCACCAAAUAAAUAAAGCAAGUCCUCUUUAGUAUAGCCUCAUAAACAAUGGUUACAAAUAGUGUACAAGGUUCAUAACAAGCCCUCUUGUAUUUAAAUGAUGUAUUCCACUUACUGUAGCUGCUUCCCAGUUUUUUGAAAAGAAGAAAAUAAGGAUCUGAUGAAAUUGACUUAAUGAUCAAAUGUAUAGCACUGAAUGAAUGACCAUCAGAAAAAAACAGGGGCAUGAUUAUUGUAGGCAGUCCUUUGAAUGAUCAAAAAUACCAUCAUGCUUAGUCAUUUCAAUAUGGACAAUCACCUGAGAAAUUGCUCCCUCCAUUAUAUCUGAAAUGUGAAGGUUGGAUAUGAAGAAAUAAUAAACGUCAAAUGUGUCACAUUAAUGAAGGAUUUUCUUUAUGCUUUAAUCCUAAAUGCAAUUAAGACUAUUCAUCUGUGGAGCAUAAAAUCUCAUUUGAAGUAUGGCCCUGUUUUUCUAAGCCAAAACUGAAUUCCAAACAUUAAAUAAGCCAUAAAGCAUCAGGUGGAAGCAUCCAACUGCAACUUAGACUGCACCAAAAUUUUCCAGGCCUUUUUUUUUUUUUUUUUUUAAUGUAAGAGAUGACAUCCUUACUUGAUUUUUGUGUCAUAAGCUGUAUAAAAUGAAGAUUCAUAGACACUUAUUAUGAGUCUCAUGUCUGAUGAGAUUGUUUAAUCAUUCUUUCAUUCCUAGUAAUUAUGAUUAAUGCACCUAAAUAAAGAAAGAACCAGUGUGCUACAUCCAAAUCGGCUGCGAAGUGACAGUGCCACACGGUUUCGAACUUAAAGUAUUAUUUUUGUUUUUGUUUUUUGUCUUGGGUAAAAUUUACAUAUUUACUUGACAUUAAUCUAUCUAUGUCUACUGCCUCAUAAAACAUCUAAAUGUGUUUUUUCUUUUUUUGGAUCAGCCUGUACAUGAAAUGAAGAUAACCCCCAAUAGUAAACUAUUUAAACUCCA